AUGGCUCCUGCCGCCGCCAUUGCUCCCUCGCCCGCCUUCCGCCUCUCCGCCAUCGCUUCUCUUUCCGCGCGGUUCCGCGCCUCUUCCCCACUUGCCGCCAUCCCCGCUGCAAGCUCCGCUGGAGUUCAGCGCCGCAAUGCCGCAAAGAGCGUUUUCGCAACGGUAGGCGACGCCGCGUCGCCAAUGGAAGUGCGACGAGGAGGCCCUCCGUCGUCGCCGUCGUUGUCGUCAGCGAGCGACGCGCGUCGCAUCCCGCGGGGAAUUGCGGCUCGUGCCGCACAGCACUCCGUCGUCGCGGCGACGGCGGCGGCGGGGGAUGCGGCGAGCCUCCCCGAGGCGCUGCUGUUCGACUGCGACGGCGUGCUGGUUGACACGGAGAGGGACGGCCAUCGCGUGUCGUUCAACCAGGCGUUCGAGGAGGAAAUGGGAGCGAGCGGGCGUGAGCCGUUUGCUCCGUGGGGAGCUGCUCUCCGUGGGGAGCUGCUCUCCGUGGGGAGCUGCUCUCCGUGGGGAGCUGCUCUCCGUGGGGAGCUGCUCUCCGUGGGGAGCUGCUCUCCGUGGGGAGCUGCUCUCCGUGGGGAGCUGCUCUCCGUGGGGAGCUGCUCUCCGUGGGGAGCUGCUCUCCGUGGGGAGCUGCUCUCCGUGGGGAGCUGCUCUCCGUGGGGAGCUGCUCUCCAUGGGGAGCUGCUCUCCGUGCGGAGCUGCUCUCCGUGGGGAGGUGCUCUGCUCUCCGUGGGGAGGUGCUCUCCGUGGGGAGGUGCUCUCCGUGGGGAGGUGCUGAGGCUUGAGCAACUGCCAGCCAGCCCAUGUCUCUCCUCAUCCUCAUCCUCUGUUCCCGCGAUGCCGCACGAUGCCCCUCAUUCCAAUCCCUCCCUGUCGCAGAAAGGGCUGGGAGUGACGUGGGACGUGCCGCUGUAUGGCGAGCUGCUCAAUGCUGCUCUCUCCUCAUUCUCUCUCCCCUCUGCCACGCUGCUCUGCUCUGCUCUGCUGUGCUCUGCUCUGCUGUGCUCUGCUCUGCUCUGCUCUGCUGUGCUGCGCUGGCUCGUGCUCGCAGAAAGGGCUGGGAGUGACGUGGGACGUGCCACUCUAUGGCGAGCUGCUCAAGAUUGGAGGCGGCAAGGAGCGAAUGACCCACUACUUCAAUCAAGUGGGCUGGCCACAAGCAGCGCCCAUCGACCCUUCAGAGCGAGCAGCUUUCGUGGCAGGGCUCCACAAGAGCAAGACGGCACUCUUCAUGCAGCUUGUGGAAACGGGUGCUUUGCCCCUGCGACCAGGCGUGGCACGAGCAAGACAGCGCUCUUCAUGCAGCUCGUGGAGACGGGUGCCCUGCCCCUGCGACCGGGCGUUGCACGGUAA